CCCAAAAACAUAAAAUUAAAAUGGAGACAAAAAUUUACAAAGUCUCCUCUAAAGAAAAGUGGAGCAUGAUGAAGAAAGAACUAGUGAAUGAUGGUUAUGGUAACGAUUUGGUGGGCGGCAGCGGUGGUGAAGAUGGUGGCAGUGUUGGUGGUGGUGGUGGUUCUUCGAAUGGCGAUGUGAAGAAGAAGAAAGGCGGUCACAAUGGUGGCGGAUCAACCAGUGCCACUAAGUGUUGUCAGGCCGAGAAAUGUACAAGUGAUUUAGCCGAGGCUAAGCAGUAUCACCGGAGACAUAGGGUAUGUGAGUUUCACGCAAAGGCUCACGCGGUUGUUGUUGCUGGCAUUCAUCAAAGAUUCUGUCAGCAAUGUAGCAGGUUUCACGAGCUACCAGAAUUUGACGACACCAAGAGAAGUUGUAGGAGGCGUUUGGCUGGACACAACGAAAGGCGAAGGAAGAACUCAAUCGAGUUUAAAGGCACCACCGAUAAGGGAAGGUUCCAAAUGACCAUCCAAGACAAUGCAGCAACAACAACUUACAACCAUUUGUAGCAAACCAGGUGAAAAAGAAACCCGAAAUAAACCAAGCCACGAAAACUAUGCUCGCUCUCUUCUGUCAGUUCGUAGUACUUAAUUAAAAACUACCGUGUUGAAUGAAUAAUAACCGUAGGAUUAUGUAAUAACAUUAUGGUCGAAUUCUGGAUGAUAUUUAAACAUUAUAUUAACCAACAAUCAUAAUUUGUUCGAAUUCGAAUUGAAUAGAAUGAAACAACAAAUGGACAACAACUUAUAAAGGGACUGUUUGCAGGUUAUGUAUAUAAUAUAUAUCUACCAUAUUCAAGAGUUCUUGAACAGAGAUAU